GCGGCGGGGCGGAGCGGAGCGGAGGGAAGCCAAGCCAAGCUAAGCCAAGCCAAGCCAAGCCGCGGCCGGGAGCAGCAGGAAUUGUCAUCCAUCACUAGAAAAUCUACAUCCUGUGAGUUUGCUUCAAGCUUUCUCCCUCAUCACCUGCUGUGCUCGUCAGAUAAACUGUGCUCCAAGCUCUCCUGGGGAGGGUUUGUCCCUGGGGAGGCAUGGCCUUCCGUGGCUGGAAGCGGCUCCUACCCUUGGGCAGGCAGAACAGCUUUGCCAAGGCUUGGAGGAGCAGGAGGGGAGUCCCCUCUCUGCGCUGGAAGCGCUGCUGCCAUUGGAGUGCCGGCAAGUCUCUGGACCCCGAGGUGAGAGCAUUUUUGGAGGAGAACACGGAGGUCACCAGCAGCGGGCACCUCACGCCAGAGAUACGACUGCGCCUCCUCACCCCUCGCUGCAAGUUCUGGAGGGAAAAACCUGACCUGUGGCCUUACGGGGACCCUUUCUGGGCGAUUUACUGGCCAGGAGGCCAAGCCCUCUCCAGGUAUAUUUUAGACAAUCCACGUGUUGUUAAGGGACGAUCGGUUUUGGAUCUUGGCAGUGGAUGUGGAGCAACAGCAAUAGCUGCUGUGAUGAGUGGUGCAUCGCAAGUCCUUGCUAAUGACAUUGACCCUAUUGCAGGAAUGGCAAUGAUCUUGAACUGUGAACUGAACCACCUGAAUCCCUUCCCCAUCACCAUUAAGAACAUCAUUAAUUCAGACGCUGGCAACUGGGACCUCAUUGUUCUAGGAGAUAUGUUUUACGAUGAACAACUUGCUGAUGGUCUGCAUCACUGGCUGAGGAAAUGCAUCAGGAUACAGCAAACUGAAGUGCUGAUCGGUGACCCUGGCAGGCAUCAGUUUUUAAGCCACAGCAUUCGCAGCCAAUUGCACAAGGUUAUAGAAUAUUCACUUCCUGAGUAUACUAGACAAGAAAACUAUGGGUUAACAUCAAGUAGUGUCUGGAGUUACCAGCCCUCAAAUAGCUUAGAAAACUGUUGAAGCUGGCUAAUGAAUUUUGUCUCACUGGCUUCGCUUUUUUUGUAAGUAUGUAAAAUGAAAAUGGGAAUUAAACAUGGAACAUAUCUGUUGAUGCAAAGUAAUUACUGUACCUUCACUGCACUCACUUCAGUCAUACUCACUGAGGCUUUCACUCCAUUGGAAGGAAAAAACUGCAUGCAAAGUGUAUGCAAGCCAAAGACAAGCUACGUGUCUUUGCAAGAGUUUGCAUGCUUGAUGUUUUUCAAGUACAUUCACAUCUUGCUCUCUGACACCCAUUGUGAAAUGUUUUGGACAUCCAGCAGACUGUUAUGAGGAAAAGAUGGUGGCUGAAAGAUUACUGCACUGCUUCCAUGGACUUUUGCAGCUUAUUUACUGAGAAAAUUAUUGCUGUCCUUCAUAAAAUUCUCCACUAGAUUAUUAGCUCAUAUUAUGCUCAAUUUAAAGUGCCUUGCUCUUUUUCUUGAUAUCUCUUCUGAAUGUCGAAGUAACUAACUGGAAUUUCCCCCUUCCCCUCUGUAAUAAAAAUGUACUCUUCCUUGAA